UUUGUAGUGUUGCUUCUCGGUCCAAGAGUUUUUCUUCCCUCACUUCGGAUCUUGCUCGCAGAGAGGGAGAGGAGGGAGAGGAGGGAGAGAUGGCGCGGCCCGCCACAGUGUUGAUCUACUUAAUCCUGGCUGUCCUUCUCCUCCUCCUCCUCCGUAGCCACCACUCCCCCGAGCAUCGCAACCAUCUCCACCACCGUCGCCUCAAGCUCCGCCCCAAUUUCUCUUUCACAUCGCCUCCCUCCGCCGGAGACCGCUAUAUCCCUUUUGACCCCCUUAUUUCCGACAUCGAACACCGGCGCGAGGAUCGCGAGUGGGAGCGAAGCCACUUCAACAUUCCCUCCGCUCCUGGCGAGGAGGCCCAACCCGAGUGGGAGGACUUCAUUGAUGCCGAGGACUACCUCAAUGACGAGAAUCGAUUCAAUGUCACCAACCGGAUCGUCCUCCUAUUUCCUCUCAUUGACGUGGAUCCUGCUGAUCAGUUUGUGUCCCUUGAAGAGCUUACGGAGUGGAACCUAAAGCAGGCGGCUAAGGAGGUGAUGCACCGGACCGGGAGGGAGAUGGAGAUGCACGACAAGAAUCGGGACGGGUUCGUCUCGUUUGCGGAGUAUGAGCCACCUAGUUGGUCUCGAAAUGAUAACAUUUCCUUUGGAUAUGAUAUGGGUUGGUGGAAGGAAGACCACUUCAAUGCUUCAGACAUGGAUGGGGAUAGCCUUCUGAAUAAAAUUGAGUUUAAUGACUUCUUACAUCCAGCUGACAGCGUCAACCCUAAGCUGAUUAAAUGGCUGUGUAAAGAAGAAAUAAGGGAAAGGGACAAAGACAGAGAUGGGAAACUUAGUUUCCAAGAAUAUUUUAAUGGACUAUUUGACUCUUUGCGUAAUAUUGAAGAAGUUUACAAUCACUCAGAUACAUCAGAUGGAGCACAAUCUAAUAAAUUAUUCAAAGAACUUGACAAGGAUAACGAUGGGUUUCUUACUGAAGAUGAACUUAUACCUGUCAUUGGUAAUCUUCAUCCCUCAGAACGGUACUAUGCUAAACAACAAGCUGAUUAUGUGCUAACUCAGCAUUUGCUCGGGCGACCGAAGAUGCCUCGCAGAUUGCCAGCAGCUUCGCUCAAAGGAUUUCAACUUCUUCGUUGAGGGCGGCCUCUUUAGCACGAAUGGUGGCCACCUUUUCCGGCUUUUCCAACCGAUUCGCUCGCUUAGCCAGCAGGUGUGUCUCCCCAGUCUGAGGAAAUCCUACCGCCCGGAAGAACGAAUCCUCUAUCUAGCCAGUGC